UUGUAAAAAUACAUGUACAAAACAAGUGUGUGAAUGAUGGAAAUGGAAGAAAACGUAUACACUGAACAAGGUCAUGGCUAUGUAUGUAACAUUUGUCAUGUUUACCUCAAUACGGAUAAAGUACUCAAUGAUCAUUUGAAAGGAAAGAAACACAACAAACUUAAUGACAUGAUUCAAUACAGAAAACGACAAGCUGAAAGAAGUAUCUAUGUAUGUGGAUUUGCCAAGGGUACCUCAGAACUGGCCUUAAUUGAUCAUUUCUCUGAUUAUGGUACAGUGUCUAAUGUUAUAAUGGACAAGGAUAAAGGAAAAUAUGCCAUAAUUGAAUUAGAGAGUAAAGACAGUGUUGAGAAGAUACUCUCAGCGGAACAUACCAUUGCAGGACACAAGAUAACUAUAAAAGAAAGGCAGCACAAGGAAGUACAAUAUAAACGUACACAAAAGAAGGGAAAAUCAGUGAAAGACAAAGAGAAGAAAUCAAUUGAAGAUUUGAUUAACUUGAUUGGAAAUGAAUCAUCUAUUAGCGAUCAGAUGGCUAACUUAAUGUCAAAUGUAAGAUUACAAUCCCAAGACGUAAAAUUACGAUAUUUAAUAUGUGACUUGCUGCAAGAAAUAUUCAAAGAAUUCUUUCCUAAAUGUUUGGUCUUCCCAUUUGGAUCAUCCGUAAAUGGAUUUGGUUCCAAGGGAUGUGAUCUUGAUCUUCACUUGGACUUGCAUGGAAGUAAUUACAAAUAUAUAUUUUGUAAGAUUCCAAAGGAAUUCUCUGAUGAAAAAGAAUUAAGAGAGUCGGUCCAGAUUGAGCCAAGUACCAGUGGUGAACCAGUGCUGAGUGAAAGACAGACUGGUGAACCAGUGGUGCAAUGUACCACUACAUUGGCUGAUCCUGAUGCAUUUGAUGUUGAUAAUGCCGAGCCAGAUGAAAUUAUGGAUCUAAUAGCCAAGAUUAUUAAGAAAUGUGCCCCUGGAUGUAAACAUGUACAAGCGAUAACAACUGCCAGAUGUCCUGUAGUGAAGUUUAUCCAUUCUGAGUCUGGGUUGUCAUGCGAUAUAUCCGUCAAUAACAGCUUGGCAAUGCAGAAUACAGAAUUGUUGCAUCUUUAUGCUAGUAUUGAUGAACGUGUCCAAUCACUUGUGUACUCAUUGAGACAGUGGGCUAAGUAUAAAGAAUUGGCUGGAAAUGCUAGUAAUGCUGGACCCAGACUUACAAACUAUACACUCACAUUAAUGGUGAUGUUUUACCUGCAACAAGAAGAAUUCAAACUUAUUCCUACAGUAGAAGAGUUAAAAGCUGUAACAGAUGACAGUGAGGUGACUAUUAUUGACAAUUGGGAUUGUACAUUCACAAGACACAUUGACAAAUUAUGUUACAAAAAAACUAGCAAGACAGCAGAGAAGCUGUUGGCUGAAUUCUUUAGCUUUUACUCAUCAUUUGACUUUGAACAUUGUAUGAUUUGCCCAAGAUCUGGCAAAAAGAUACCCAUUGACAGCAUCAAUAAAGAAGAAAUGAAGAUCAAGGUGACUUCUAUUUGUAUUCGUGAUCCUUUUGAGUUAAACCACAACACGGCUAUGAAUGUCAGUAAUAAGUUAGAACAUAAACUUGCUGAGGAAUUUAGUUAUGUGACAGAUCUAUAUCGUCAAGAUAAGUUGAACAUAACUAAUUCAAAUAAAUUAGUUCCACAAGGUUUAGGCUUGUUACUUUCAUAUAAAUCUAAGGUGAAAUCUACAAGCAGUGAUGAUACUGAAAAAGAAUAUGUCACAAAGAUCUCAUUUCAUACAAGCCCGAAACGACUUCAGUCAAGUUGCAGUGAUUCCUUAGAAUGGUUUCAGCGUGUCACCGAGUUCUUAGUAAUGAUUUUCAAAGAUGUGUAUUUGUUUGAAUGCGAGAAGGAAGAUCUAAAAUCUGUUGAGAAAUUCAAAGAGGAUUUCACUGAUAUGGUAGAUGGGGCUGGAGAUGGUAUAGAUGUAUGUCCACCUCAAAAGAAAAGACGCACCAAUCUUGAUGAUAAAAAUAACAAUCCUGGAACAUCAAGUAGUAUCAGUGAUGGUGACAAGUCAGAAAAGAGCGACAUGAAAACAAUCACAAAAAUGUCUUGUUCCACAAAGUACCCUGUGUGGAUUAAAAGAAGAAAAUUUCGCAGGGUACUUUUACAGCAAAAAUGUGAAUUGGAAGGGAUGGAACUGGAAAAAGUAAUAUCAGAAGAAAUCACAAAAAGUUCAAUUGACCAAGGACUAGAAGAGUGUGCCUUUGAUUUCAGUGUUACUUGUGAUCUUGAUGAUGCAGACAAAUGUAUCAGUAUGAAAUUUGAGUGUCAUGACAAGUUAAAAGACUUUCAGACAUUUUUUCAGUUCUUUAACAUUCAUUUUCCCAAGAUGCUUGAGAAUUAUUAA